UGCAGUAGAGUGACUGUAUUACAAACAGCCAGGGAAUAUACAGAGCUAUCGUCAUCUAUGUGAUGCUCGCCUCCGGUUUCCUAUUGAUUAUCCCUAUUCGCCUCCUGCCUUUAGGUUCCUGACCAAAAUGUGGCACCCUAACAUCUAUGAGACUGGUGAUGUCUGUAUUUCAAUUCUUCACCCUCCGGUGGAUGACCCGCAGAGCGGGGAGCUACCUUCCGAGCGAUGGAACCCAACCCAGAAUGUACGGACCAUCCUUCUGAGCGUGAUCUCGCUGCUCAAUGAGCCCAACACCUUCUCACCAGCAAACGUGGAUGCCUCUGUGAUGUACAGGAAAUGGAAGGACAGCAAAGGGAAGGAUCGGGAGUACACAGACAUCAUCAGGAAGCAGGUCCUGGGCACCAAGGUGGAUGCUGAGCGGGAUGGUGUGAAGGUCCCCACCACGCUGGCCGAGUACUGUGUGAAGACCAAGACUCCCACCCCAGAUGAAGGCUCAGACCUCUUCUACGACGACUACUACGAGGAUGAUGAGAUGGAGGAGGAGGCAGACAGUUGCUAUGGCGAUGAGGAUGAUUCUGGCAACGAGGAAUCCUGACGCCCUUCUGGCAAUUGCAAAACUUAUCAUAAACUAUUGAAUUUUACCUCAACUAGGACACAAACUGGCUUGAAUUUAGGAUCUGUCAGCCCUGAAAUUAACUCUCUACCUCACAGGGAGACUGUUCUGCUGUAAAGGAAAAACCACAACUGUCUUUGUAAAAACCCUGUUUUAUAAACUUCGGGGGGAGGGGGGGUGAGAUGCAGAGUGUUUACAAAUCCACCUUGAGCUGGGAACCCAGCAAGCCUGGUUACACUAAGGAGACAGCCACAGACAACCUGGCAAAUCAUGUGUGGGGCUUGGAGGGGGUCUCUUUGUCUUAAAGGUUUCUGGGAGGUUGGGGAGAGGUGGCGAGAUUGGGGAAUGCGUGUGCUUACGGCUAGUUUGCAGCUGGUGAUGAAUUAAUCGAUAUGGGAUUGAUCAGAGUGGUCACCAGUCCCUCCCCUGUGCUUCGUUGUUAGUUUCAGCUUUUCCAUGCAGGUGCGGCUCUGCAGAACCAAUCCGGGUCAUCUGAGGGCAGUGGGCUUAGCAAGCUGCCAAGCCAGCAUUAGUCUAGUUCCCUAGCUCACUUACUCUAGGGCCUUUCUGCCGCUCUGCGGAGCCUCUCUCUGCCAGUUGCCACGCUUUGGGCAGCAGAGCAUUGUGUGAAGCUAGCAGGGGUGGGGAGAAGUGUUCCAGGGCAGAACAUCCAGGCUGCAGGCAAGGGGGGGGUGUUAGUUCUUAACUGGGUGGGAGGGGGGUUAAUUUCCAAUCUUUUUGCUUCUGGUUUUUUUUUGCAAAGUAUUUAAUAAAGUACUUUAAGGGA